GUCGCCCACCGGUGCAGCAUGGAGUAUCGGCGCCUACAGCAGCUUGUCGUAGUUCAUCCAUCCUCCACGGCGCUACCAUCGCCCUCUAAAACGGCAUUCCCUCCGAGCCAGAGACGAGCUGCGACCUGUGGACAUAGUCAAGUUGUGCAUGUCCGAGUUUGGUACUACAAAAGAAAGUUUGAGUUACAAUCCACUCGUACUCAAGCAACAAGCAUAACAAUGGCCGAAGGAGGAGGUGAUCACUUUGAACAAAAUUCAGACGGAAUCAGUAAGAAGGACGAGUCAACGCAGACUGCGACAAGUAUGUGGUCUGAACUAGCGGUAGAGACUGAUAUACAGAUACCCCUUAUGCUUCAAAAUAUACUGGCAUUGAAUGGUUACGAUUCAAAGAGCCUUCUGGCUUCAAUUAAUGACGAAGUAUUUAACAAGAUUGAAGCUUUCAUGAAGGCUAGUUCAGACUUGCUUUCUGAAGAAGAAGUCCAACAAUACUAUGGAAUUUUCAAAUCGAAACCAGAUAAAUUUCAGCUACUAGAAGGUCACAAACAACUUCUCAGGAAUAUAUCACAGAAGAUUGUAGAACAGCAGAAAAAAAAAAGCUGCCAGAAAUUUUCUCUGCAAAGAAAACAAAAUCUCCCAGUUCUGUUAACACAGUGCCAGCCAAGAAGCCUCGCACUGAAGAGGUGCAACCAGAAGAUCCAGUCCAAGCCCUGAAGGAAAAAUUGAAUUCUUCAAUAAGAAAACACUAUGAAGGUACGCUGAACAUCAAAGAUCUAAAGGUGAUACCAACUUGCACAAGCUGUCAAGAAACAUCGGCAUCUGUUAACUGUCAUAUUUGCAAUCAGCAAUGGGUUAUUAAGAAACCGAACGCCUCAACUCCAUGGCAAACCUGUAACUUCUACAAACACAUCAGACUAUGUCAAAUGAAAACAAAGGGCACAAAGAAUGUGGACAUAAGAAAAUCAUUUGAAAAGAAAACUACUGAAGAAGAUGAAUUUAAC